GAGGCGACCGUGGCCAUGCAGAGUGCUCUGUGAGUCACCGUUAAUUUCAGAUGGGGUAAGGUGAAGAGACUUUCCUUGGGAGCCCAGAGGAGUACAGGAUCUGAUCCCAAGCCCUUUACCAUCAGGCCACAUGACACAGCACCUGUGAGUGAGGCUGAACAAGAGAGAUGAGAUUUGACGGAUGUUUCCUGAAGUCCUACUGUGUGCCAGCUGUGGCCGUGUUAGCUACCAGGAAUAUGAAGAUGAAUAAGGAGAUCACAAGUGAAAACAGAAAUGCCAAGAUAAACUUGGCCCAGGUUCCCUUGGGAAUUCUCAGGAUCCUACCUGGUGCAGCAGAUCACACCUGGGAGAUGUUACUGGAUCUUUGAUGAGUGGAGCAUCCACAGAGGAAGGAAGUACGAAAAUGAGUGUGAAUGUCAACUCCUGCUAAAAGAAAUGCUUGAACGGCUUAACAAGGAAGCUGAUGAAGCCUUGCUGCAUAACCUGCGCCUUCAGCUGGAAGCCCAAUUUUUGCAAGACGAUAUCAGUGCGGCGAAGGACAGGCACAAGAAGAAUCUUCUGGAAGUUCAGACCUAUAUCAGCAUCCUGCAGCAGAUCAUCCACACCACUCCUCCAGCAUCCAUUGUGACGAGUGGGAUGAGGGAGGAGAAGCUCCUGACGGAGCGGGAGGUGGCCGCUCUGCGGAGUCAGCUGGAGGAGGGCCGCGAGGUGCUCGCCCACCUGCAGGCGCAGAGAGUGGAGCUGCAGGCCCAGACAACAACUCUGGAACAAGCUAUUAAAAGUGCCCAUGAGUGUUAUGACGAUGAGAUUCAGCUUUAUAACGAGCAGAUUGAGACCUUGCGCAAGGAGAUUGAGGAGACAGAGCGGGUCCUGGAGAAGUCUUCUUACGACUGCCGGCAGCUGGCGGUCGCCCAGCAAACCCUGAAGAAUGAGCUGGACCGGUAUCAUCGUAUCAUCGAGAUUGAAGGCAACAGGCUGAGCUCUGCCUUCAUUGAAACUCCCAUUCCCCUGUUCACCCAGAGCCAUGGAGUCUCUCUCAGCACUGGAUCCGGUGGGAAAGAUCUUACCAGGGCUCUGCAGGAUAUAACAGCAGCAAAACCAAGACAAAAAGGCCUCCCUAAGAAUGUUCCAAGGAGAAAGGAGAUUAUAGCAAAAGACAAAACCAACGGAGCUCUGGAAGAUGCACCAUUAAAAGGUUUGGAAGACACAAAGCUGGUACAGGUGGUACUUAAAGAGGAAAGUGAAUCUAAGUUUGAAUCAGAAAGUAAAGAAGUAAGUCCCCUGACACAAGAAGGGGCUCCAGAGGAUGUGCCAGACGGAGGGCAGAUAAGCAAAAGCUUUGGGAAAGUAUACAGGAUGGUCAAGGAGAAAGUGAAAAGCCCCAAAGAGCCUGAAACCCCCACUGAGCUCUACACCAAAGAGCGGCACGUGGUGGUCACAGGGGAUGCCAAUUACGUGGACCCUAGGUUCUGUGUCUACCCCGUCACAGCCAAAGGUGGGGUGGCUGUUUCCAUCGCGGAAGACUCUGUGCUUUAUGAUGGCCAGUUGGAGCCCUCUCCUGAGUCACCUAAGCCCCCUUUAGAGAAUGGGCAGGUGGGUCUGCAGGAGAAAGAAGAUGGACAGCCAAUUGACCAGCAGCCUACAGACAAGGAGAUUGAGCCAGAUGGCAAAGAGCUGGAAGUCCCUGAGGAGAAACGUGAGGGUGAGGAGCAAGACGAGGGGACUGGGAGACCCUGUCCCGUGGUCACACCCGGUGCAGAGGAACCGUCUAUACCCCAGCCUCCAAAGCCUGUGGCUGAUCAGAAUGGAGCCAAGGGGCUUGGGACUAGGGGCAGAAGCCUGCCAGAAAAAGGCCCUCCCAGGGCUUUGGCCUAUAAGACAGUAGAAGUGGUGGAAUCUAUCGAGAAGAUUUCCACAGAGAGCAUUCAGACAUAUGAAGAAACUGCUGUGAUCGUGGAGACCAUGAUUGGAAAGACAAAGUCAGACAAGAAGAAAUCAGGAGAGAAGAGCUCUUAAAAUGCCCAGGCUUAAUGGGAGAAAAUGUCUUUGGGGCCACUGUAGGGGUAAUGCUUUGAUAUUUUAGAGCAAAUGAUAAAAGGGUGAGGGUUCCUGUUUGGAUUAGACCAUAGGUGACCCAUCUGGCAUUGCCAAUGAAGCCUUCAUUAAAAUGUUUUCUUUGCUUGCA